AUCAAACUUACUGUAUAUGCACUCUCCUCUCACAUUGUACAGUCAAAUUCUCAUAAUCCUACAAUUCCUCUACAUAGCUGGUUGCCUCGACUAAACUCACCCCAAAUAUAUGCCCUAAUCCCACUAGUGAAGUCCCUCACCUUCACCAUGGCCUCCCAGGUCGAACAAAUAUGUCAACAACUCGAACACGCCCCCCAGAGCGAACGACUCCAAAAGACGCCUUCCCUCCUUGACUUGAUCCUCCAAUCUUCCAACGACCGCGACGUCCUCGCAGGCCUCCAAACCUUCGCGAGCGUCGUCACCAGCGACGCUCUCGGCAUCGUCUCCGCCCGCCCCCUCCUCCACCUCCUUGUCGACCGUCUCCGCGCCAUCCCCUCCCUCUCCCUGCGCAUCGAAGUCUGCCAAUCCCUCCUCGCCACCCUCCACCACAAAGUCGUCUCAUUUGAAGAGCAAGACCGCGCCAUCCGCGAGAUCCUUGCCGAUGCCCACGAAGACGAGGAGGACUUCCGCAACUCCGCCCGCGUCCUGCAGUCGAUCAGCCUCGAUUCCUCGCAGCGGAGCUUCACCGCCGACGAGCGGGCCAAGAUCUGGGUGCGCAUUGUGCGCUGCUAUCUAGAAGAGGAGGACCCAAUAAGCGCAACGGGGUAUCUCAACCGUGUCAAGAACAUCAUCUUCGACGUCACCGAUGCGACCACGAAGUUGCAAUACGAGCUCUCGCGGGCGCGCAUCCUGGACUCGCAGCGAUCGUUCUUGGAAGCGAGCUCCGCCUACCACAUCCUCAGCCUGCAGCGGGAAGUCGACGAAGACGAACGGCUUCAAGCGCUGUCGGCGUCCAUCACCUGCGCGGUUCUCGCUCCCGCCGGCCCGCAGCGAGCGAAGAUGCUCGCGCGACUCUACAAGGACGAGCGAGCGACGCACGUCGAGGAAUACAGCAUCCUAGAACGAAUCUUCCUCGACCGGCUCCUCUCCCCCACCGACAUCGCGGCGUUCGAGAAGAAGCUCAGCGAGCACCAACUCGCCAAGACGUCCGACGGGUUCACCGUCCUCCAAAAAGCAGUCCUCGAGCACAACAUGGUCGCCGCAUCGCGCCUGUACAACAACAUCCGCGUGGAGGAGCUCGGCGGGCUCCUGGGGAUCGACAAGGAGAAAGCCGAGCGUUACGCCGCGCAGAUGAUCGAGGAGGGGCGGUUGGCGGGGUACAUCGACCAGGUGGACGGGCUGAUUUACUUCGAGGGGGAGAGCACGGGGGAGCGGGGGGUAGUGCGGGGAGAUUUGCUGGUGGGGAGGGAGAUGCGGACGUGGGAUGGGAAUCUAAGAGGGCAGGCGGAGGAGGUGGAGCGGAUUACGACGAUGAUUCAGAAUCAGUAUCCGGAGUUCUAUGCUUCACAGAUGGUGCAUUGAGAGGCUGAAUUAUCGGUUUGGCAGAUUGAGAGCGAGGUGGAAUCGGAAAGACGCCGUUCUUCUUGAUGAUCCGUCACUUGAAUACUUCGAUGGGCCAGAUUGGCUCGUGAGGAGCACACAUGCCUGGACUGCUCAUGGCAAUAAAGGAAGCUGUUGCUAGAGAGACGAUGGAUAGAAUACCGGGCGCUGGGAAAUGAAUGAUGACACGGCUUAGGAACCAGAAGACGGCAAAUGUGCGUAUGCGGUCAGUGAACCUGUGAUGUAGUCCAAAGAAAUGGAGCAUAUAGAAUGAAUAGACACCUCAUGUACCCAU